CGUUUAGAAUACUAAAAUACACUGGACGCUUGAGGAACCCUCCGUAAAACUCCGCUCACGACCCCUACGCUUGACUCUCCUUCUCAGUCGCUGGUCUUUAUGUGACUACGGUCAAGGUUAGAUAAGAUAGCCAAAGCAAGUGAAGCUUGGUUUGAGUUUCACCAAUCUCAGCCCCGAGUUAAAGAGGAGGUAUCUUCUUUCACCAUGGAAGAGGAGAUACAGAGUAAACCCUUCCCAUUUGACGAGAACGUUGUAUUUCGCGAGUCAUCAUUCUUCAAGAAACCAAACGCACCGCUGUCUCUUCCAACGCCGACAGAAGUGAAAGAAGUGGCGAGUCGCUCAGAAAACCCUAGAGCUAAGCUCGUGACUCGGCCUCCGCCGGUAACGUUUCCCAAUCUAGGACUAUUAGUGAAAUACGGGACGGAGGUAGCACUUGCUGAGGGGCAAUGCCUCCUAUUCAUCCGUAACACUCUUUCCGACGUCGUACCUGUUCCGGAAGUGUAUGGGUGGUGCAAGGACGACGAUCAAGUGUUCAUUUAUAUGGAGCUGGUAGACGGCACGACGUUAGAAAAGAGCUGGGACACUAUGAUUGAAGGAGAAAAGACGUCCGUUUGUCAGCAAUUGCAUGACAUGGUCCAUGCAUUGCGCCGUGUUAAGCAGGACUCUUCAUUCAUUGGUCAUGUUGGCAAGCAACCGCUGUUAGACAUCAUUUUUACAAAUAGCAACUCUCCAACUGCAGGCCCAUUCGAGAGCGUCUCUAUCUUCCACGACUGGUUCACGACCGCAUAUGGUCCAACCCAGGAUGUCCAAGAUGCAUCCCCACAUCCAUAUCGCUCCUUUCUCUCCGACAAUGUUCCCAUCGUUUUCACGCAUGCUGAUUUACACCGAAGUAACAUCAUUCUGUCCUCUGGUCCCAAUCCUCGGAUCAUUGCAAUCAUCGAUUGGCAUCAAUCUGGAUGGUAUCCGGAUUAUUGGGAGUAUUGCAAAGCUCGUUGGACCUCGCGGAUUGGAGAAGAAUGGGAAUCGAAAUAUUUGCCUCUAGUACUGGACCGUCGAGAAUUCUAUGACUAUUGGGACUAUUUCGUUCUAGCUCGUGGGGUCUAAGAGGUCUCCUAGGAUUUCCGGUAGUCUAGAAGACAAAAUUGAUUUCGAAGGAUGUUUAGAGUUAAAGUCAUGAGACUGUAUACAAAAUAUACAGCGCAAAUUGGUACAAGAUCUCUCAGUUAUCACAACAUAUAGCCCCAAUUAGUUUCAGGCCCCCCUUAGUUUCGGGGAGCAUUGUCGACCACCUGAAGAGCUCUUUCGGCCAUGACCCCAUUCUGUACGAGUGCAGUCACCACAACUCGGAGCCAUGUCUGACAGUUUUGAAUAUCGACCCUCUGUCUUGAUCCCUG